GAGUGGACGACGCUUUUAAUAUUUUUUAUAUUUUAUUAAUUCAUUUUGUAUGAGAACUGGUUAUGAAAAUGCGCGUAUAAGAUAACCGUGCAACGUUACUAAUUGCGUACACUUCUAUAUUGUAUUGGUUUUUAAUAAAAUACCGUAAAAAUGACGAAUCUUGAUCUCAUUAACACGAGUACAGACAGCAGCUCCGGGUCUACUUCGGACUCCAGCAGCAGCGGGAGUUCCUCUACCAGUUCAGGGUCUGCCUCCAGCAGUUCAGACUCUGACUCCUCUACCUCUGACAUCCCUCUCCCAGCCAGCAUUCCUCUGAACAGUAUACCGGAACCGAAAUCUCCGCCAAAAGUUGAACCUGAAGAACCAAAGAAGAAAGAAGAACCAAAAAGGAGAUUAUCCACUAAAGCUUCAUCAUCUAGUGAAGAUGAGGCACCAAAACCUGAAAGUCCAAUGCCCCUGCCACCAAGGCGGCGUGGUUCAGCUAAAACAAAAUCUGCUGCUUCAGUACUUGUUACAAAGAAACCUGCAGCUAGAACCUCUGGUGCUAAAACCCCCAAGCCAGCAGCAAAAACAGCUACUAAACCAACAGUUAAGACAGAAAAUUCGAAAAAGAAGAGUAUUUUCUCACCAGACAACAGUUCUGAAUCUGAAACUGAGAGUAAAUCAUCCAAAACGAGUAACAAAAGUAAUAAAGUGAGUCCUAAAGUGUCUCCCCGGCCUAAGAGAGGCUCAAGGAAGUCGAGUGAUGAUAAAGAUACAUCACCUUCAACAAUAACUCCUACUGAAAAUGAUGAUUCCAACUCAAAAGAAAGCACUGCUAAGCGUCGAAGCGGCAGCAGGUCUUCAGGGCCUCCUCCGAAGAAGGCAGUGGAGGUCAAAAGUGCAUCAUCAUGCUCCUCCAGUCAAUCAUCAGUCGAAUCUGUGUCAUCAGACAGUGACAGUGAACCGACACCCAAGAAAGAACCUAUUAAGACUGGAAAGACAAAACCAACUACAAAUUCUAAUCAUAAGGCAGAAGCAACAAGUAAGAGCGGCGACUCAGGCGAUUCGUCGACAAUGCCGCGCAAACUGACGCGGUCUCUCUCAGCUCGCGUGUCCCGCCUCGCUACCGUGUCACGACCAACACAUACGGAUACUGACUCCGACGCUGAUGACAAGGGCACUGACAAGAGAUCAUCAACCAGCCAAUCGAGUAAAGACACGAAGAAGAGCAGCAAGCGUGCGCCCGCGUCGCCCAUCUCGCUGACGCCGCCGCACCCGUCCGAGCGCCGCUGCCCCGUGCGCGGCUGCGACUCACAAGGACACCUGGGCGGCAAGGCGGCGCGGCACUUCACGUGGGACGCGUGCCCGCUGUACCACAACGUGACGGCGGCGUGGUGCGUGGCGGGCGCCGAGGAGCGCGCGGCGGCGGGCGCGGCGCGGCGGCGCGCGCUGCUGGCCGUGCAGGCGCGGCCAAGGGCCAUGCCCACCAUCGAGCAGCGGGCCUACCAGCUCAAGGUCAAGGAUAUGCGAUCAAAAUGGAAGGGCAGUCAAGAGCUCCGAGAGAAGCUAGCUACGGUAGGAGGGGAGGAGAUGAACGAAGAGAGGGAACCCAUCCUGGAAGGAUUCGCCCCGGACUAUGACCUGAGACUGUUCCGGGAAGCCCAGGCGUUGGCCGCCAUCAAGAUUGAAGAGGAACUGCAAGACAUACCCACCGAUAGAGAAACGAAUUUAUAUUCCAGAUUCGUGGUGAUGGGCAAAUACAUGAUGGAGGUGUGGUACCAGUCGCCGUACCCGGGGGACGCGGGGCGCGUGCCGCGGCUGUUCGUAUGCGAGUACUGCCUCAACCACCACAAGUCCGCCACGGGCGCCGCCCGCCACAAGGCCAAGUGCGUGUGGAGGCACCCGCCCGGGGACGAGGUGUACCGCAAAGAUAACCUGAGCGUGUGGCAAGUGGACGGUCGCAAACACAAGCAGUACUGCCAGCAGCUGUGCCUGCUCGCCAAGUUCUUCCUGGACCACAAAACGUUGUACUACGACGUGGAGCCGUUCCUGUUCUACGUCAUGACCUGCGCCGACCAGGAGGGCUGCCACAUCGUCGGGUACUUUAGUAAGGAAAAGAAUUCGUUCCUGAACUACAACGUGUCGUGUAUCCUGACUCUCCCGCCGUACCAGAGACAAGGCUAUGGCCGGCUGCUUAUAGACUUCAGUUACCUUCUAACCAAAGUGGAAGGCAAAGUGGGCUCUCCUGAAACCCCGCUGUCGGAUUUGGGUCUGAUUUCCUACCGGUCUUACUGGAAGGAAGCACUGUUGAAGCGGUUAUGUUCCGCCCCUGGACCUACGUUGUGCAUCCGGGACCUGAGCAAAGACCUGGCUAUAGCAUCCUCGGAUAUUGUUUCGACGCUGCAAGAGCGAGGCCUCAUGAAGUACUGGAAGGGGAAGCAUAUCGUGCUGAAGAAACAGGAGGUGCUGGAGGAGGUGUCCCGGCGCGCCGAGCGCGCGCGCUGCGUGGACGCGGGCUGCCUGCGCUGGGCGCCGCCGGCGUGCAGCGCGGCGCCGCGCUGA